ACUGGCAUUGGGACUGGAAUGAACCAUUAUAAUAUAAUAUAUACAGAGAUGCGUCCGCCGAAUGUUGGUUUAUCUCAGUCACCACUCACAGCUAUGAUUCAAAACUUCCCGCAUAUAUUUAACUAACUCGCUCCGUCCCUCGUGUCUUCUGAGGGCGAGGGAUUCUGCUUAUCUGUAAUCCUACUCUCUCUCUCUCUCUCAAAUCUGCACGUCAAUGCUGCCGUACGCCACCAUCGAUGACGCUGCGGCGGCCCUUGGCCGGAACUUGACGUUUGCGGAGACUUUGUGGUUCAAUUAUUCGGCCCAGAAAUCUGAUUAUUUCCUCUACUGCCACAACAUUCUGUUCCUCUUUUUGGUGUUCUCUAUUGCUCCUCUACCUUUGGUUGUUGUCGAGCUCAUGAGAUCUCUGGGAUUUCAGAAGUAUAAGAUUCAGCCCAAAGUGCGACUUACGCUUUCUGAAAUGUUUCGGUGUUACAAGGAUGUCAUGAUCGUGUUCUUCCUUGCUGUCGGGCCUCUGCAACUCGUAUCCUACCCCUCUAUUGAGAUGAUUGGGAUCCGAACAGGUUUGCCAUUGCCAUCUGGGUGGGAGAUCAUGGCACAGUUGUUGGUGUAUUUCACAGUUGAGGAUUACACCAACUACUGGAUGCACAGAUUCCUUCAUGGUAAAUGGGGAUACGAGAAAAUUCACAGGGUUCACCAUGAAUAUACUGCUCCUAUUGGUUUUGCUGCACCCUAUGCGCAUUGGUCUGAAGUCUUAAUCCUGGGAAUUCCUUCUUUUCUUGGGCCUGCGAUGUGUCCUGGGCAUAUGAUCACAUUCUGGUUGUGGAUAGUUUUGCGGCAGAUGGAAGCCAUUGAGACUCAUAGCGGAUAUGACUUCCCAUGGACUCCCACAAAAUAUAUUCCAUUUUAUGGUGGUGCAGAAUACCAUGAUUACCAUCAUUAUGUUGGGGGACAAAGUCACAGCAACUUUGCUUCUGUGUUUACCUACUGUGAUUUUAUUUAUGGAACUGACAAGGGCUAUCGAUAUCAGAAGAAGCUACUUUCAAAGCUGAAAGUGGGAUCAGAAAGCAAUGGAGUGCAGAAUGGAGGAUUGUGCAAUGUUAAAUCUGAUUAGCUGUUGGACUCAACUUCAAGUAGUUUCCUUCCCGCGACGCUUCAAACUGGUAACAACUGGUGGAAACCCUGUGUGUCAAGCUGAUGAUUCGAUGAAGUAUGCUACUUUAGUUAAGUGGAAAUUGCUGAUCUAGAGAAGGAGAAAGGAAAAAAGGUAGAAUGUCUUAGUAUUUGGGGCUGUGGUGUAACUUUUGACAUCCUGUAAAAUCAAAGUUUUAUUAGCUCUGUUCUUGGCUUCUGAGUUGAUCUUCAAGUAUUGCUAAUCUAGCUUUGUGAAACCGCCAAGAUGUCUGUCACUUAAAUAUAAUCACAUGAUAAUUUGUGUAUUAUGUGUCA